GCUCCUCCGAUCUGAGGGGUGGUGUGAAACCCUAUGACGUCAGGGUAGCCCGGCCCUUUAAAAGGGGGCUGACGUCAUUGAGCUCUCUCGCUGGCUAGCUGUGGGGAUCGUUCGUUGCCACCGUCGCUGCCGCACAUCGCUGCCACUAGGGCCAGCCUCGGGCCUUGCCCGAGCAGCUUGCCGUCAUCUCUCUCACUCCCUGGGGUGAGAGACCAGGAGUGAGCGCCUGGCCGCCGAGGCCUACUUUGUAGGCCGUGUUUUUCUUAAUUUAGACAUUUUUCCAUACUGGUUUUUUUUUGUAUUAAUAAAUACACCAAUUUCUUAAGUUUUGUGUCUGCCCGUUUUUUGUUAUAUCCCACAAGCCCUAGACCGGGAUGUAACAAAUGGGGGCUCUAUCCGGUUUUUUUUGUUCCCAAUUUAGCAACUUGGGCCUAAAUUCCCCCCCCUCCAGUUUUUGUAUCGCUUUAGUCGUGCCGUCGUAUUGUUUUGGAUGUGGUAACAGUUUUUUUUUAGGAAGCGCGCUUGCGACCAAGAGGCUCUGGUGAGUUAGUGUUUUGAUUAUGUUUUUGAUUUGGUGGUGGUUUUGUGAAGCAAUCCCGGGAGGAGGUUCAUUGCGAACCUCCAAUUGGUAAGCUUCGAAGAUAAUUAGGUUUAUUUUAGUUUAAGGGUAUUAGGGUCCAGAGCUUCGCCCAGUCUGGGUUAUUGGUUAGAGCGAUGCUUUAGCGCAAUUGGGCAGACUAACAUUAUAUUUUUGUUUUUUGCUCAAGUUUGUUUUUUUCGCUUGUGUGCGUCUGGUGGCGACUUCUUAGUCAAGUGCCUUUGUUUAACUACAAAGCGCGUGUGUUUUUUUUUUUCGUGGCAUUAAGUGGCAAAUGUUUGAUCGUGGCUUUUGAGGUUUUUUUUCCUCUGCUCGGUGGCUGUUGGUCCGAGCAUUCGUUUUUGGGUUAGAGGGGGUAGCCUAGAAAUUAGAUAAGCCUUUUUGUGAACGACGGAAAUUGGUCGUUCUUUGUUAAAUUUGACUACCGCAGACUGAGUUAAUUCGGCUAUAUUUUUCGUCAGUGCUUGUCCCAAUGUCUGCGGUUGAAGAAUUUAUUAAAAGUCCUUCCGAGGAUCUUUUGUCGGCUUGCACUAAGGACCAAUUAGAAAAAAUUGCAGAGCAUUUUUCAAUCACACUUACUUCGGAGGACAAGAAGCGUAAGGAAUUGCUCCUUAAAGCUGUGGGUUUAGGUUUAGUUGUUAAAAAUAUUCUGCCUGCUAGAGAAGGUAUAGUUUCUCCUGUGUUGUCAUCUGCGAGCAAUGCUUCUGAUCGGGAACUGAAAAUUAGAGAGUACUCCUUUGAAGAGCGCAAAUUACAGUUAGAAGCGGCACGCAUACGUGCUGAAAGGGAAAAUCGGGUGGUUAAAGAGAAGGAAUUGGAUAAAGAACUUGAAAUUAAGAAAUUAGAGAUUCAGCACGAGCUUGAUUUAAAAAGGUUAGAGCACGAAGCGGCUGAGAAUGAGCGUCAGCGCGAACACGAACGCGAUGAGCGUAACUUUCUUCUAAAAAAACUUGAGCUGGAAUUGGAGGAUAAGAGACUUACCAUCGCUCAGCCAGUUCCUUCAGUUCCCUCUCGAGAUUUAAGUCGCUCUCCUGUUCACUCCCCUGUUCAUUCUCCUGUUUGUCCUUCUGCUUUAGGCCUAGGCCUAUUGUCGGCUCAUGUGGGAUCGGGUUCUGCUGCUCCGAUGGGCGAGAUUGACACCGCGCCUUUACACUCGGCUCCUCUGAAUACGUCAGAUGCGUCUGAUGUACAUGCUCCUGCACCAGCUCCUAUAAGACAUCCCGAUUAUGUCCUUCCAUUUGCUCCUGGUUUUCCUUUGCCAUUGCCUCCAGCUCAACCUUUUGAUGUGAGUCGCAACACUCGAAUGAUUCCGCCUUUUAAUGAACGUGAAGUGGAGAAAUAUUUCACGCAUUUUGAAAGGGUUGCUAUUACAUUGAAAUGGCCGGCUGAAGUCUGGACGUUGUUGUUGCAAACGGUCUUGACUGGCAAGGCACAGUCUGUGUAUUCUGCCCUUACAGUGCAACAAAGUUCGAGUUAUGAUACUGUGAAAGCGGCAAUUUUAAAUGCGUAUGAGUUAGUCCCUGAAGCAUAUCGUCAGAGAUUUCGUGGCCUUCGAAAGUCCGACAGGCUUACGUUUGUGGAAUUUGCGCGAGAGAAAGAGAAUGCAUUUGAUAGGUGGUGCACUUCACAACGUGCACACACCAGAGAACAUCUUCGUCAAGUAAUCUUGCUAGAAGAAUUUAAAAGCUGCAUUCCAGACUCCGUAGCGAUGUAUAUAAAUGACCAAAAGGUAACAACAUUGGCGCAAGCUGCUGUCUGUGCAGACGAAUUUGUUCUCACGCACAAAACCUCUUUCAAUUCCUCCUCUUCUCGGCGUGACACAGCUCAGCCUCCCAGUUCGCAGCAGAGCUGGAGAAAUUCCAAGUCUGACAGUCCACCGCAGAAGAUUGAGUCGCGGGAAUGUUUUUAUUGCCACGAACUUGGUCAUCGUAUUGCAGCAUGUCCUGUUUUGAAAAUGAAGAAUUCGAAACCCCCUCCGAAGCAAAAAUAUUCGAAAGGUUCCGGUUUUGUCCGUCCUUUAGUUCAGUCAAAUUUGAAAAUCGAUCCAGUUUAUGAGCCGUUUGUUUCUGUAGGUAUGGUCUCAUUAACGGGGUGUGAGCAAGAUAAUAUUCCUGUUCAAAUGCUAAGAGAUACAGGCUCCGCUCAGAGUUUCAUACUGGCUUCUACGUUAUCAUUUUCUGAUGAAAGUUAUUGCGGUUAUGACGUACUAGUGCAGGGAAUUGACAUGGGAAUUUUGAAGGUUCCAUUACACACUGUCCAUAUUAAAAGUGAGUUAAUUUCUGGUUUUGUCAAAGUAGCUGUUUGUUCCCAGUUGCCCAUGGAUAGCAUCCAUCUCCUGAUCGGAAACGAACUUGCACAUGAAAAAGUAAUUCCUCUUCCUGAAGUCGUUUCGAACCCGUCUGAGUAUACUGAUGUAGAUCCUAGCCUAUCUGAAGUCUUUCCAGUGUGUGUAGUGACUCGUGCUCAGGCACGUAAGUCCAGCUCUGCCGAUUUAUCGGAUUCAUUUAUGUCAUUUGACAAUCCAGUUGUGUCUUCUCCCGAAUCUUCGGAUUCGGCACGUCGGUCGCUGUCCACGUCAGAGGGUGCUGAAAUUCCAAAAUCACCUCGUUCCCUGUCCACUUCCGGAGGUGCUGAAAUUUCGAAAUCUUUUCUGUCUCUGCCUGUUGACAGGGAGCUGCUCUGUCGUGAACAAAGAAAAGAUCCGUCUUUAGCUAAGUGCCGUGCUACAGCUGCAGAAAAGAAAAAAAUAGCGAAGAAAUCAGGGGCAUAUUAUUGGGAAGAUGGCUUGCUAAUGAGGAAGUGGAUCCCUCCCUCUCAGAGUGAGGAUUUGGGUUGGAAUACUGCUUAUCAGGUGGUUGUUCCUGCUAAAUUUCGGCUGCACGUGUUAACACUGGGGCAUGACCAUGAUCUUGCAGGUCAUUUAGGGAUCAAGAAAAGUUACCAUCGUAUCCUGCGUUAUUUUUUUUGGCCUGGCCUAAAGUCUGACGUAGUGAGACACUGUCGUUCGUGCCACCGCUGCCAAAUAGCAGGGAAACCAAAUCAGGCUAUUCCACCCGCUCCACUUCACCCGAUUCCAGUCAUUAGUGAACCAUUUGAACGGAUCAUUUUAGAUUGUGUAGGACCCUUGCCUAAGUCAAAAUCUGGGCAUCGGUUCCUGUUGACCAUUAUGUGUGCCGCUACUCGUUACCCAGAGGCUAUUCCGUUGCGCUCGCUUAAGGCGAAGCCAGUUGUGAAAGCACUUAUUCGUUUUUUCUCGACCUUUGGGCUGCCAAAAGUUGUUCAAACAGAUCAGGGAUCCAAUUUUCUGUCUCGCUUGUUCAAGCAGGUGUUACAGGAGUUGUCCAUCAAGCAUGUGAUAUCCAGUGCAUACCAUCCAGAGUCACAAGGGGCUCUGGAGCGGUUCCAUCAAACCCUGAAGUCUAUGUUGCGCACAUACUGUUACAAUUCUGCAAAACAGUGGGAUGACGGCCUCCCAUUGUUGUUGUUUGCUGUGCGUGAAACGACUCAGGAGUCACUAGGUUUUAGUCCCGCUGACCUGAUUUUUGGACACACUGUUCGAGGUCCGUUAAAAUUGUUGCGUGAACAGCUGGGGUGUGAGACCACUGCUCACAAACAAACUAACAUCCUGGAGUACGUCAGCUCUUUUCGUGAGCGUUUACAUAGUGCUUGUGCAUGUGCUCAAAAAGCUUUGUCUUCAGCUCAGUCAAAGAUGAAGACUCGUUAUGACCGUAAGUCUGUGCACCGGUCCUUUCAGGCUGGCGACAAAGUUUUACUAUUUCUGCCAGUGGCUGGCUCCGCUCUACAGGCUAAGUUCUCAGGGCCUUACAAAGUAGAGUCCAAACUUAGUGAGACUGAUUAUGUUAUUUGCACGCCUGAGAGAAGGCGAAAAACUCGUGUAUGCCACAUUAAUAUGUUGAAGCCGUACAUUGCUAGAGAGUCUGAGACAGAGGUGGACGAGUGUCCUGUGUCUGUGGGUUUUGUGGUUCCUGUGGUCUCCUCCUAUUCCCCAGAGGAGGAUGGCAUAACUUUUCGUGAUGUCCCUGUGUCUUCUCCUAGGCUUCAGAAUUCUGAGAUUUUAAAAGAUUUGAAUGACUUUCUCGCUCAUUUGUCAGAUACACGCGCUAAGGAUAUUCAGCUGCUGAUACAAUCAGUUCCAGGUUUAUUCUCAGAUAUCCCUUCGCAGACUAAUGUCCUUAGUCAUGACAUUGAUGUGGGUGACCAUUCCCCUAUCAAGCAACACGCAUAUCGCGUGAAUCCGACAAAGAGAGCCAUUAUGACUUCUGAAGUCCAAUAUCUUGUUGAUCAUGGGUUUGCUGAACCUAGCUCGAGCUCGUGGAGUUCCCCGUGUAUCUUAAUUCCAAAACCCGAUGGAACAUUUCGUUUCUGUACUGAUUACAGAAAAGUGAAUGCAGUGACCAAGCCAGACUCCUUUCCUCUGCCACGCAUGGAAGACUGUGUGGAUAGAGUUGGCUCAGCACGCUUUGUCACCAAGCUUGACCUGCUAAAGGGAUAUUGGCAGGUUCCCUUGACAUCUCGUGCUGCAGAAAUCUCUGCAUUUGUUACCCCAGACUGCUUUAUGCAGUAUUCAGUCAUGGCAUUUGGACUCCGCAAUGCGCCUGCUAGUUUCCAACGCCUGAUGGGUAUCGUCUUAGCGGGCGUACAGAAUUGUGAGGUGUACUUGGAUGAUAUAGUGCUACAUUCGUUCUCUUGGCCCAGUCACCUUGAGCUUAUCCACACUGUGUUUCAUCGUCUGCAGGAUGCCUCUCUGACCUUGAACUUGGCCAAGUGCGAGUUUGGUAAGGCUACUGUGACCUACUUGGGCAAACAAGUAGGCCAAGGUCAGGUACGUCCUGUAGAGGCCAAGAUUCAGGCCAUUGUUGAGUUUCCGAUUCCCAAGACUAAGCGUGAGGUGCGCCGUUUUUUAGGGAUGGCCGGCUAUUACCGUAGCUUUUGUAGAAAUUUUUCUGAUGUUGUGUUGCCUCUUACAAACUUACUUCGUACCACUGCUGAGUUUGUAUGGUCUGCGGAUUGUCAAGCUGCCUUUCAAAAUGCUAAGACUUUGCUGUGCAGCUCUCCGGUGCUUGCAGCUCCACAAUUUGAAUUGCCGUUUAAGCUUGAAGUUGAUGCUAGUGGAACAGGAGCGGGUGCUGUGCUCCUUCAAGAGGGAUCAGAUGGACUUGAUCACCCUAUCUGCUACUUCUCUAAAAAGUUCUUAAAACACCAACUGAACUAUAGUACCAUUGAGAAGGAGGCACUAGCCCUGUUGUUGGCACUUCAACACUUCGAGGUAUACAUCGGCUGUACCGCAGCACCUGUAGUUGUACAUACAGAUCAUAAUCCCUUGAUUUUUCUCUCCAGGAUGAAAAACACCAACCAGCGCAUUAUGCGUUGGUCACUCUACUUGCAGGGCUUCAACCUGGAGAUAAGGUAUAAGAAGGGGUGUGAUAACAUUUUGGCUGACACAUUGUCACGCACUUAUCAGUGAGUCCACAUUAGCUUAGAUUUAAUCCAUAUUAGAUAUGGAUUUUUAGUGGUGGGGGUGUUACGACCCUGUGGGUCUUGUUUAUUAUUUGUGUUUGUUACUUUUGUUGUGUGUUCUUCUAGGCAGAUUGGCGCAGCUGAGGGGUGGUGUGAAACCCUAUGACGUCAGGGUAGCCCGGCCCUUUAAAAGGGGGCUGACGUCAUUGAGCUCUCUCGCUGGCUAGCUGUGGGGAUCGUUCGUUGCCACCGUCGCUGCCGCACAUCGCUGCCACUAGGGCCAGCCUCGGGCCUUGCCCGAGCAGCUUGCCGUCAUCUCUCUCACUCCCUGGGGUGAGAGACCAGGAGUGAGCGCCUGGCCGCCGAGGCCUACUUUGUAGGCCGUGUUUUUCUUAAUUUAGACAUUUUUCCAUACUGGUUUUUUUUUGUAUUAAUAAAUACACCAAUUUCUUAAGUUUUGUGUCUGCCCGUUUUUUGUUAUAUCCCACAAGCCCUAGACCG